AGCACUGAUAUCACCUGCAAAGAAGACAUCAUCAGUGAUCAAUAGAUUACGGCUCCAGCAACGCAAACCAAACCGUCACCAUGAAACACUUCCUGAGGAUGUUUGUCCAGGUAUGCCUGUACUUCUACUGCAAAUGUUUGUGGCGCUGCCUGAAAUUCGUGGUCCGGAAACUAACAGGUCGAUGUGAGUUGCAAAGGAUCUGUUACAGUACCAAACCUGGAGCUGCCAGAACUAUGAAAAUAGAGGCAUCACUGAAAGGUUCAAAAAGUAAGCGACUGCAAACUUCAGUAAGUGUUCACCCUGAUGCUAUUGAAAAAACUAUAGAUGACAUCAUGGAGCUGAAAAGGAUUAAUCCAGAUAUAAACCCACAGUAAGUCCAUGGUUUCCUUACAAAACAAAUGGGAAUUAUUGAUUUCUUCAGUGCCUAAGUCCAUGGAGAACUGAUUCUCCAUAGCUAUUGUGGCACACAAUUUGAAGAUGAAUUUUGUCUCUCAGCAUAAA